AUGCUACAAGCAUUUCAGCUGCUAGUGAUCUGGACGGAUUGUGAUCGAGAAGGCGAAGCGAUUGGCGCCGAGAUAGUAGCGAUAUGUAGGCAGACGAAGCCAACUUUGGAUGUUUACCGAGCCCGGUUUUCGGAAAUAACCAGCACAGCUGUGCAUCGAGCACUGAAUAAUCUUACAAGGAUGGAUCCGAAAUUGGUGGAUGCUGUGGAAUGUCGGUCUGAACUGGACUUACGAAUUGGCGCUGCUUUCACUAGGCUCCAAACUCUUCAUUUAAGGAACAACUUUGCUACUAUAUUUCGGGAUAAAAGCAUCAUAUUUCUGGACUGUUGUGAGGAGGCAGGUGGUAACGCACGUGUUUUAUCAGUAAUAAAGAAACCAAAAAACCGAUGGAGGCCAGUUGCACUGGAUACGGUGGAGCUAGAAAAAUUGGCUGUCAGAAAACUAAAAUUAAGUGCAAAAGAAGCAAUGGCCGUUGCCGAACGACUGUAUAAUAAAGGAUACAUAUCAUACCCUCGUACAGAAACUAACAAAUUUCCUAAUGACAUAGAUUUAUCUACUUACGUGCAGCAACAAUUGGUGAGCACGGAAUGGGGCGAGUUUGCGCAAGAGGUUGCUUCUCGAGGGCCGAAUCCACGAAAUGGUACACAAACGGACGAAGCACAUCCACCAAUUCAUCCAUUGAAAUAUGCUGGACCAAAUGAACUGGUUGGCUUGGAAUGGCUGCUGUAUGAAUUCGUUGUACGGCAUUUUCUGGCCUGCCUCUCAACGGAUGCCAAAGGACAAGAAACUAAAGUGCAUGUAAGUUCCAUUAAUUUGAUUCUUCGUACUGACAACAUAAUUGGCAAACUUUGCAUGGCUGUUUUGAUUGAAACUGGAAAAUGUAAUUUUGUUCUACUUAAAACCGUCUAA